GGCUGUUCCGGAAGCGGCGGGACUCCGAAGUUCUCGCCGGAGCGGAGGGAGGGGAGAGGCGAGUCCCGGCUGCUGGGAGCGGAGCUGCCCCAGGCCGAGGGUGGAGCUUUCCUGGUCGCCGGGAAGGGCUGGGCCCGGCCUACCAGCGAGGGCAGGAGAGAGCGACGGGGGACGCUUCCCGGCGGAGGCAGCGUGGCGGACGGGGUCCGACGGGAUCGCCCACGUGACUCUGAGCCGCGGAUCGCCGGAUGCCCCCGACCCCCCGGACCCAAUUCCCGACUGCAGAUCCUCAGGGCCUUCCACGUCGGAGCCUGGAUUUCGCCCUGGACUCCAGAUUCCGAGGAACGGGACCUCCGGCGGGACUUGAGAUCUCCAGAUCCCGUAGGAGACUCGGGAUCUCAGGAUCCCUGGAUCCGUCACCCCGGGCUCUUGCCCUGUCCCGGGGGCCCAGGACGCGCCCGCCGCCCGAGCGCCCCCGCAUGGCGGGACCGUGCCCGCCGCCCGGGGCCCCGGAGUGCGCGGGCAGCUGCUGGCAGGACCCGCUGGCCGAGGCGCUGAGCCGGGGCCCGCCGACCGCGCCGCCCUCCGGCCGGGGCUGCGCUCGCAGCCGGCCGCUCCGCGUGCUCUACGUGCUGACCCGGGAGCCGCAGCCCGCGGCGGAGCGGGACGGGGCGGCCGAGGCGGAGCCGCUGCCCCUCCGCUGCCUGCGCGAGGCCUGCGCGCAGCUCGCGGGGCCGCGGCCACGGCCGCAGCUGCGCACCCUGCCCUUCGGGACGCUGGCGCUGGGCGACACCGGGGCGCUGGAUUCCUUCUACAACGCGGACGUGGUGGUGCUGGAGGUGAGCAGCUCCCUGGCACAGCCUUCCCUGUUCUACCAUCUUGGGGUACGCGAGAGCUUCAGCAUGACCAACAACGUGCUUCUCUGCUCCCAGGAGGACAUCCCGGACCUGCAGGCCCUGCGGGAGGACAUUUUUCAGAAGAACUCAGAUUGUGUUGGCAGCUACACGCUGAUCCCCUAUGUGGUGACAGCCACUGGUCGAGUGCUGUGUGGUGAUGUAGGCCUCCUGAGGGGCCUGGCUGAUGGGCUAGUCCAGCCCGGGGUGGGCACUGAGGCCCUGCUCACACCACUGGUGGGCCGAUUUGCCCGCCUGCUGGAGGCCACGCCCACGGACUCUUGCGGCUAUUUCCGGGAGACCAUUCGGCAGGACAUCCGGCAGGCCCGGGAGCGGUUCAGCGGGCAGCAGCUGCGGGAGGAGCUGGCUCGCCUGCAGCGGAGACUGGACAGCGUGGAGCUGCUGAGCCCUGACAUCAUCAUGAACCUGCUGCUUUCCUACCGGGACGUGCAGGAUUACUCAGCCAUCAUUGAGCUGGUGGAGACGCUGCAGGCCUUGCCCACCUGUGACGUGGCUGAGCAGCACAACGUCUGCUUCCACUAUACAUUUGCCCUCAACCGGAGGAACAGGCCUGGGGACCGGGAGAAGGCAUUAGCUGUGCUGCUGCCCCUGGUACAGAGGGAGGGCCCUGUGGCGCCCGACCUGUACUGCAUGUGUGGCCGUGUCUACAAGGACAUGUUCUUCAGCUCUGGCUUUCAGGACGCUGGGCACCGAGAGCAGGCCUAUCACUGGUAUCGGAAGGCUUUUGAUGUGGAGCCCAGCCUUCACUCGGGCAUCAAUGCGGCCGUGCUCCUCAUUGCUGCUGGGCAGCGCUUUGAGGACUCCGACGAGCUCCGGCUCAUUGGUAUGAAGCUGGGCUGCCUGCUGGCCCGGAAAGGCUGUGUGGAGAAGAUGCAAUAUUACUGGGAUGUAGGCUUCUACUUGGGAGCCCAGAUCCUUGCUAAUGACCCCAUCCAGGUGGCACUGGCUGCAGAGCAGCUGUACAAACUCAAUGCCCCCAUAUGGUACCUGGUGUCCAUGAUGGAAACCUUCCUGCUGUACCAGCACUUCAGGCCCACCCCGGAGCCCCUGGGAGGACCCCCACGCCGUGCCCACUUCUGGCUCCACUUCUUACUACAGUCCUGCCAGCUGCUCAAAGCAGACAGUCCCCAAGGGGACCAGUGCUUGGUUCUUGUCCUGGAGAUGAACCAAGUGCUGCUGCCUGCGAAGCUGGAGGUUCAGGGCGGGAACCCCGUGAGCGCAGUGACCCUGAGCCUGCUGGAGCCUGAGACCCAGGACGGUCCCUCCAGCUGGACCUUCUCCAGCUCCUCCAUCAGCGGUGUCAGCGCCUCCAAGCGGGACGAGCGCUGCUGCUUCCUCUACGCGCUGGCCCCGGCUCAGGACGUCCAGCUGUGCUUCCCCAGCGCGGGGCUCUGCCAGUGGUUCUGCGGCCUGAUCCAGUCCUUGGUGACCAAUCCGGAUUCCAGGGCGCCCGAGGAGGAGGCAGACGGUGUGUGGGAGGUGCUGGAGUUUGAUUACGAGUACACGGAGACCGGGGAGAGGCUGGUGCUCGGCAAGGGCACCUACGGGGUGGUGUACGCGGGCCGCGACCGGCACACGCGGGUACGCAUCGCCAUCAAGGAGAUCCCAGAACGGGACAGCAGGUUCUCGCAGCCCCUACAUGAAGAGAUAGCUCUGCACAAACGCCUGCGCCACAAGAACAUCGUGCGCUACCUGGGCUCCGCCAGCCAGGGCGGCUACCUCAAGAUCUUCAUGGAGGAAGUGCCUGGAGGCAGCCUGUCCUCCUUGCUGCGGUCAGUGUGGGGGCCCCUGCAGGACAACGAGAGCACCAUCAGUUUCUACACCCGCCAGAUCCUGCAGGGACUCAGCUACCUGCAUGACAACCGCAUUGUGCAUCGUGACAUCAAGGGGGACAAUGUGCUGAUCAACACUUUCAGUGGGCUACUCAAGAUUUCUGACUUUGGCACCUCCAAGCGGCUGGCAGGCAUCACACCUUGCACUGAGACCUUCACAGGGACCCUGCAGUACAUGGCCCCAGAAAUCAUUGACCAGGGCCCCCGAGGGUACGGGAAAGCGGCCGACAUCUGGUCGCUGGGCUGCACCGUCAUCGAGAUGGCCACAGGGCGCCCACCCUUCCACGAGCUGGGGAGCCCGCAGGCUGCCAUGUUCCAGGUGGGCAUGUACAAGGUUCACCCGCCAAUGCCCAGUUCCCUGUCAGCCGAGGCUCAAGCCUUCCUCCUACGAACUUUUGAGCCAGACCCCCGUCUCCGUGCCAGUGCUCAAGCACUGCUGGGGGACCCCUUCCUGCAGCCCGGGAAGAGGAGCCGAAGCCCCGGCUCACCCCAGCACGCUCCACGGCCCCCAGAUGCCCCUUCAGCCAGCCCUCUUCCUUCAGCUGACUCCACCCAGUCCCAGACAUUCCCACGCCCUCAGGCACCCUCUCAACACCCGCCUAGUCCCCCGAAGCGCUGCCUCAGCUAUGGGGACACCAGCCAGCUCCGGGUGCCUGAGGAGCCCGGAGCGGAGGAUCCCGCGUCCCCCGAGGAGAGCUCCGGGUUGAGCCUGCUGCAUCAGGAGAGCCAGCGCCGGGCCAUGCUGGCCGAGGUGCUGAAGCAGGAGCUGCCCGAGCUGGCGGAGAAUCUGUGGCUGGAGCAGGAACAGGACCCCCGUCUGAGCCGGGAUCUUGUGGAACAGCUACUGCACUGCCUCGGGGCGCACAUCCACACGCCCAACCGCCGGCAGCUGGCCCAGGAGCUGCGGGCGCUGCAAGGGCAGCUGCGCGCCCAGGGCCUGGAGCCGGCACUUCUGCACGGACCACUCUUUGCCUUCCCCGAUGCGGUGAAGCAGAUUCUCCGCAGGCGCCAGAUCCGCCCACACUGGAUGUUCGUGCUGGACUCGCUGCUCAGCCGGGCUGUCCGGGUAGCCCUAGCGGUGCUGAGCCCAGGAGUGGAGAAGGAUGCAGUCCCACAGAGGUCAGAGGAGUCCAGUAAAGAGGAGUCCCAGCCCAAGCAGCAGGACAGCCCAGUCCAGCCAAGCCUGCUCCCAGGGGACCCCGAGCAGAGCCCCCCACCUCUGAUGGUGCAGCUGGGCCUCUUGCGAGCAGAGACUGAUAGGCUCCGAGAUGUCCUGGCUGAGAAGGAAUGGGAGUGCCAGGCUCUGAUGCAACAAGCUCUACAGCGGCUGAAUGAGGAGGCCGGGACCUGUUCCCUGGCCUCAGAGCCCCCAGCUGCUCGAACAGUGGACCAGGGCCUGGUGCAGUGGCUACAGGAACUGAACGUGGAUUCAGGCACCAUCCAGACACUGCUGAACCACAGCUUCACCCUCCAUGCCCUACUGACCUGUGCCACUAAAGAUGACCUUACCUACACCCGCAUCAGGGGAGGGAUGGUAUGCCGCAUCUGGAGAGCCAUCCUGGCGCAGCGAGCAGGAUCCACGGCCGUUACCUCUGGCCCCCAGGAGGCUGAAUGAGGGCAUCGGGGGCAAGAGGCCAGACCCAAGGAUGGGUGAAUGGAGAAGACGCGAGCCAGUUCUGACACAUCCACCCCAGGGCCCAGGGGCAACUGGAAGGGGCCAGGUGGUGGUAGGGGCAGUCCAACCACAGCGAUGCCCCAGCUCACUGACAGAGACUAUUAAACAGAACCCUUUUGUACCUUUGG